AUGGCGCGCUCCGAGGCCGGUGCACCUACGGUCUCCUUCUUCCAGCAAUUCCGAGCACUGUUUUUGAAAAAUGCCUCGCUCUUCUUGUCGCGCAAGUCGACGGUCGUCGUGCAGUUGGUCAUCCCGAUCUUGCUGCUGAGCUUGAUUGGCGGUUUGACCAUCCUGAUUGACCGUGCUCUGGAUGAAGCCAACCAGACGGGCUACGUCGAGCGGUACCAGCCCUUCGACGCGUCCAAUCCCUUUGUUCUGACGGAAUUGGAACGCCCCUCCUGGCGGUCCAUGUUCAAUAGUCCGCCCUUCUUCCACGUGUCCUUCAAUUCCGACGAUGCGAUUGGCAACGAGCUCGGGUUCUUGACCUUCCUGGGAGAGCGUUUCGGCGUCCUCGGUACCAUUGAGCAGGAGGUUCAGCCGGAGAUUGGCAUGGUCCCUGAGACACACUACCCCUUCUUUGUGGAGCACGCCAAUCACACAUCGGUCAAUUCGGCCCUGUUUGAUGUGUAUGCCCUGUGGAAGGACCUGCUGAAUGACAGUGGCCUGGGCCCGCAGCCUGCCCCCGAUGACUACUGGCAGAUUACCAACCAGACCAUCGAGUGGCAUGCCGCGCGUGAGUAUGAAAAGCUCCUGCCCUAUGGCGCCCUGCUGGUGGACGACCUCCACCUGCCGGUUGCCGUGCCCGGGGAGAGUCUCUCGCCGCGGGAUUUCCACCUCAACUACACAUCCAUGGCGGCCACUCGGUAUGGUGGUUUGCGCAUUCUCGGUCGGGACAUCCGGACAUCGCCCCGCGAUCCGCCACCCACGGCCUUGAGUGCUGCCCCGGGAGCCUCGGCCCCACGGGCCGCGCUCAUUGUGCGUGCUCUGACCCAGGCCUUGCUGCCGAGGAUGCUAUCGAGGGCGGCCAAUCCCCCAGUAGCUGGCCCUCAGGAGGGGCUCUCCGCCUGUGCGCAUGCCUACCAGGAGAAUGACCCCCUGCUGCCGGUGUCCUACCUGUCGACCAUCUUCCCGGAAACCGACCGCCGGAUCAACCUGCAGAAUAUCUUCCACAAUGCCUUCCGUGCGUAG